AUGGCCGAGCCUUCUGAAUGACAGGUUUUGGAAACGAUUGCCGAUAGCAAGCCUGGCGGCUCCGACAGACUUCUGAUCAGAUCUCAGAUGUGAGAGGCACGACACUAAAGCGAGAAAUGGAGCGGCUGGCUGUGCUGGAUGUUGCCGGACUGGAGGAGCCGCAGCGGGGUUUACGGAUACUUGAAUGGCUCCGGUAUCUGAGGAUGGUGCUGCCCGUUACAGCCCGGACUGAAGUGAAGCAGAACCAGAAACAGUUGGUGGAACAACUGACUUUAAUAAUGAUGGGAUCCCCUGGUCCUCCGGUUCGUCAGCUCCUGGCUCACAAUCUUGCCGUUGUUUACAGCGCAGGAGACACUUUUUCUGUGUAUGAGACAAUUGACAGAUGCAAUGAGCUGAUCCGCAGCAAGGAUGAUUCUCCCAGCUGCCUUCCAAACAAGCUGGCUGCGGUUGCCUGUCUUGGAGCACUUUACCAUAAGCUGGGCCGUCUUCUAGGAAGCACAUUCAGUGACACUGUCACCAACCUACUUAAAAUUCUGCGAAGUGCAGAGUCUCAGGGAAGAACUGAAAUAAUGCUCAGUUUCGAAAGAAUUGUCGCUGGUCUUGGAACAUCUCUCUCCUCCUGCCAUCGAGACAUCUACAAGGCUGCACGCUCAUGUCUGAUGGAUCGAUCCAUGUCUGUGCGCUGCGCAACUGCACAGUGUCUACUGGCCAUUCAGAAUGAAGCGUCUUUCAUGUCGGGCUCUGACCUUGAGAGCUUAGUUUCUCUUUGCUUCAAGGCCUUUGAAGGCAGCAGCUACGAUGUACGUCUAGAAGUAUCUCGUCUCUUAGGAAAGGUUCUAGCAAGGGCUGUGCAUGGAACAUCCUCUUCAAGACAAAGUACACGCAGAUUAUCCGUGGAAGAUGCUCUUGGUCUGUUAUCCACUGGAUUCCUACGUGGAAAUUCUGGGUUCCUACGAGGUGGUGGAGACAUGCUGGGAGGAAGUAGCAGUAGCACUCGCCAUGUGCGGCUGGGAGCAACUCAGGCUUACGUCAUUUUUAUCAGCACACUUGGAGGCCAAUGGCUAUCCAGAAAUAUCCCUUUGCUCUUGACUCAUCUUUUGGACAUCGUGUCCCAUCAGAAGGCAACUCACAUACCCGUGGAAGCUGCUUGUGCUAGACGUUGCAUCUCCUACAUCCUCAGAGCCACUUUAGGGGAAUUGCUGGGAGAGAAGGCCCAGCUGGAAGCUGUCAGAGACAUAAGUGAGGUCCUUAAGAAGCUCAUGAAAUCUGUGGAUGCUGUACUAAGUGACAGUAACGUGGAGACACGGUUCUGUCAUACUGAUAUUGCUACCAGUCAGAAUGCAUUGGUCUGUGCCCUGCAAGAGCUUGGUGAUCUUAUCUUAGGAUUGGGUACCACAGCUGCUCCUUUGCUACGGGACUCGAGCUUUGGGCUCCUGGACACUGUGAUCUCUGUAGUUCUCCACCCUAGUCUAAGUGCCCGCUUAGCUUCAGCUUGGUGCCUUCGCUGUGUCGUUCUUUCUCUGCCUUCUCUAGCAGCCCCUCUUUUAGAUCGUUGUACAGAACGUUUGAUAGCCCUGAAAUCCUCUCCCGAGGCAGUUAGUGGGUACAGUCUGGCCGCAGCUGGCCUUCUGGGCUCCAUUAGACUAUGUCCAUUUGGCGUGCCGCAGGGGAAAGGAAAAGCAAUAAUGAGUUUGGCCGAAGACCUUCUGUGCUCUGCAAACCAAAACAGUCGUGUUUCUAUGCAAAGAGUACAGGCAGGCUGGAUCCUGAUUUCCUCUCUUAUGACUUUAGGCCCCGCAAUGGUCCAACCUCAUUUAAGACGACUUUUGGUUCUCUGGCGGAGUGUCUUCCCACAAAACCCUAAGGACCUGGACAUGGAGCGCAGUAGAGGGGAUUCUUUCACCUGGCAAGUAACUUUAGAAGGACGAGCAGGUGCCAUGAGUGCUAUACAUAGCCUUAUGUUACAUUGUGGAGAUCUCGUGACUGAAGAGGUUUUGGAGAAGCUCCUUCCUCCUCUUCCAUUCGCUGUAGCUUUGCUUGCCCAAUUACCCAGCCUACAGAAGCUGUAUGGAAACUCUUUAAAGGCUUGCUCCGUGUUGUACAGACAAAGGCUUUACCAGUUGCUAAUUUCGAUGCCAUCUAAAGCAUAUCAAGGAAGCCUUUGUGCAAUUAUAAAGGAACUGGUUGCAGAUCUGUCUGCCCCUGACUACAUGCCUAGCGGAGCUGUAUUCCUACUGCCAUCACUUUGUCAUCCUGAUGAUUUAAUACUCUUGGGUCCUUUGCUUCAGGAGAGCGACCAUAGAGCUAUAGAAGAGGAGUUUCUCCUCAGUAAUGGGAUUCCUGGUGGUAGUUUGGAAUAUGACCCCCAUGCCAUCUACCAUAUGCCCUCUGAAGGAGAAUCUGUUCCUAGCCCUCUGCCACCAGCCUUUACAGUCAUUCAAGCUGCGGCCUCGCUCUUUGGAGUUUUGUUGUCCAAUAUGCCGGAGUCACAGAGAACUCAGAUAUUGGAUCAGUUGGUGGAUGCUAUCAAGCAGUCAAAGGGCUCCCGUCAGCAGAGUGUCCAGUUAUCUGCCUUGUCUGCUUUGUGCUGCUUCCUUAAACACUUGGCCUCCAACCACAUUAAUCUAGGGCCGGAGGAAACACGAAGACCAUGUCUAUCCUUGAUUGUAGGAGCACUGGAGAGUAGAAACCCAUGGCUGCGUUGUGCUGCUGUGGAAUGUAUGGCCAGGUUGGCUCAUGUAGUGUCUGAACCUUUAUAUACUUCUAGUUUAGCUCAAUCAAGCUUUGACAAGUUGAAGGUAGCUAGAGAUGUGGUGGCCAGAACAGGUCACUCCUUAGCCUUAGGUUCUUUGCACAGGUACCUUGGAGGGAUUUGCUCUACACAGCAUUUAGCGUCCUGUGUUGCUGUGUUGCAUUCGUUGUCUCAAGACACUACAUCUCCUGAAGUUCAAACCUGGGCACUGCACUCCCUUUCCAUAGUCAUUGAUUCUUCUGGACCAUUAUAUUAUGUCCACAUAGAGCCGACACUGUCACUCCUUUUGACCGCACUGCUUAGCACUCCUCCAUCACAUGCAGAGGUCCAUCGCAGUUUAGGGCGCUGCUUAAGUGCUCUUCUGAACACACUUGGACCAGAACUCCAAAGCCGGGGGGAAUUGGUGGUGUCACAAAGGAACUACUGCUUGCUAGCUUGCUCUGUGAUGCAGGAGAAUGCUGACUGUUUGGUCCAGGCCCAGGGUAUCGCUUGCUUACAACAGCUUCACAUGUUUGCCCCUAAACACGUCAACUUGUCCAGUUUAGUUCCAACCUUAUGUGUUCACUUGUGUAGCCCUCAUUUGAUCUUACGCCGGGCAGUGUUAGCAUGCCUGAGGCAGCUCGCACAACGAGAGGCAGCAGAGGUGUCAGCGCAUGCUAUGGCUAUGGCCAAAGAUGGCGAAGAGGAGUUCAGAAUGGAUGUGAAUAUGCGAGAACUGGGCUUGGAAGGAGUUUUGCUGACCCUUUUGGACAGAGAGACUGAUCCACAACUGUGUCAAGAUGUGAAAGAAACCCUGCUUCACAUGCAGAGUUGUACAGGACUCGGUCGUCUUUCUUUCUGGCUAAAAUUGCACAAAGACAUUCUUUCUGCUUCUGCAGAUUUUGCAGCAGUGGCCUCAGUGGAUGCUACUCAAGAUGAAGACUGUGAGCAAUCCUGCUCUGACUCUGUGCUAACAUCUAAGAAAGAAGAGUCCUCUACCCUGUCAGUUAGUCCACGGUGGCACACCAGAGUGUUCUCAAUGGAAUGUGUUAGUAUGCUAGUUUCACAAUGUGUUCGUGAGGGAGGUGCCCACUUCAACAUGGCUGAGGCCCAGGAGAUGAAGCAUAAAGAACCAGACAGAGAUUUCCUGGUUCUGCAUUUGCAAGAUCUGGUUCGGAUGUCAUUUAUGGCUGCCACAGAUCACAGUGAACAGCUCCGUAUGGUUGGGCUUCAGGCACUACUUCUGGUCAUACAAUGUUUUUCCUCUGUGUCUGAACCUGAAUUUCCUGGUCAUCUUAUACUAGAACAGUAUCAAGCUAAUGUAGUAGCUGCAGUAAGACCAGCGUUCAACUCAGAUACUCAUCCUGAUGUGACUGCUAUGGCCUGCCAGGUUGGCAGUGCAUGGCUGGCUAGUGGAGUUGUGAAGGACGCAUCAGACUUGCAGAGAGUUCAGCAGCUGCUGCUUUCUUCUCUAAGCAGAGUGCAAGUGAUGAAAGAGACCUCAAGUGUAUAUUGUGAAAGCACCACUACCAUGGAGACACUGGCUGUACUGAAGGCCUGGGCAGAAGUCUAUAUUGCAGCAGUGGAAAGAACAGAAGGAAGGUCUGCUUCUGAUCCAGGAGACAGUCUCCUUUCCUUGGUACAAGCUGAUAUUACCACUCUGAGCAAGUUGUGGCUAUCCGCUUUACAAGAUCAUGCACUACUUACUCUGCCUCCGGAGUGCAGCCAUCAGCUUCCAUCACCUGGCGGAAUGUUCUACACUUCUGAAACUAGUGGUGCAGCCAGGCCACACUAUCUGGUGUCCUGGGCUCCCAUUCUUCAUGCUACCUCUUUGUGGCUUAGCAACACUGGCUUCCUACUUGCAGACUCCGAUGAAGCGGGCAGCCGACUUUCCCGUCCUGUCACUCCGACCACUAUGGGACAAGAGCGUAGCAACAAGGUGCCAAUUAAGUCUCCGGAAGAUUUGAACUCAGAGAAGUUUCACUUAAUUCUUGGAAUUUGUGUAGAAUUUCUCUGUUGUCUCCCUGUGGAUGCUCCUAUGGAGAGAAUUGCUGCUUGUCUGCGGGCUAUGAAGGCAUUAUUUCAAAGUAUCUGGCCGAGAGCUCAUGUUGGGGCUGAUCAGGAACUUGCCAUUGAGUUGAUUUCUGUAUUGCACCGAUUGCUGUUAAUGCGAGAGUCCUCAGAAAUACAGUUGCUGGCCUUAGAAGUUGCAAAGCAAAUCUUGAGUGCAACUCAAGAACAUGUACAAGAGAGAAGGAGGAGUGCAGAAGUCGACGAUGGAGCUGAGGAGAAGGAAACAUUACCAGAGUUUGGGGAAGGACAUGAUACUGGUGGCUUGGUGGCUGGGCGUUCCCUAGUACUUGCUGCAUUGGAGUUAUGCCUUUGUAUCCUCAUCAGACAAUUACCCCAGCUCAGUCCUCGCCUCUCAGGAAGUAUUACUGGAAGACAUGCAACAAAGCAACCUCUAUCACAUGAUUCAAACUUGCUCAUUUCUGCUUCUCUCAGCAUUCUAGCAGAGCUGCCGUUCCUCUGUUCUCCAGAAGGCAGCGUGUCAAUCCUUCCUACUCUGCUAUACCUAGUGGUGGGUGUUUUACAGUACACAUCUGAAAAAUACCCUGAUGGGCGUCUGUCCCUAGCAGUAACCUCUGUUUUGCAAGCCUUAAAAGCUAUUGUGUCAUCUCCAAUGUCGCGAGUAGAGAAAACCAGAGCCUCAUGGAACAGUCUUCUACGCAGUUCUGCAUCCACCACGCUUCUGUUCUGGGAUUCAGAUGAAGAAAAGGACAGAAUAGCCCUGCUGACUGCUUUAACAAUAUUCCUUCUGUCCGCUAAUCCAGAGGUGAUGUGCGAGCCUGGAUUGCAGAAUGCCUGUAUACAGAGAUUUCGUUAUUGCACUGACAGCAAGGACCCUAAUGAGCAGUUAAAAUGCUACCGUCUGAUCUUGUCGAUUUUCCAGCAUCCUGCUCAUAAUGUUGUUGCCCCAUAUAUUUGUGACUUGGCACCUCGUGUCGUACAUCAUUUAAGUCAUGCAGAUAGCAGAAAACCUCAAAGCCAGGCUGAGCUUUUAGUCCUGCAGGAAGGUGUGCGACUGCUGCAGGCUCUUAUCACUGCCAGUCUGGAAGAGAACCGUCCCCUCAUUGUGUCUAUGGUAUUCCAUCUACUCAUCUCUUUUCUUUUGGAUGAAAAUACACUCUGUUCUGCAUCCCCAUGCUCCAGAGCUCUUCAUGACUUUGGCCUUCAAAAUCUUACGAAGUUUGGCACUAGCCAUCCGGAUCAGUUUCGUCAUCUAAUGAAUUCUUCCACAGCACUACGCUCUCGCCUAGAGGCUGCUCUUCGAGGAAAUCAAGAAAGCCUCAAACCUAAACCUCGUGUUAUCAGGGGAGGGGGGCAAGGUUCCCCAAGCAUCCAGCUAAAGACAAACUUUUUGUGAAAUCUCCUCCACUCCUUGCAGCCUUAAUGCUUGCUCACAGCUUUUACAAUUAAUAUCAGAAGUGCCUGUGACACAGAGAAGACAUGCAGGUCUUUCAGUUAAUGAAAGGAGUGAAAGUUUUUCAGUAUGUGACAAGUUAAUACAUCUUAAUAAGCCGAUGCCUUAACAAACUGGUUGUUUUUUUUAAAUGUAUUAAUGUAACACUUUCAUUGACCUAGUGGUUUCACCUGAUGCAUUAAAUAGCAGUUUCUCAAGACCAUUUCAAUACUAAAUUACUCGAAUUGUAAAAGUGCAAAUGUAAUAAAGGGCGAUUAAAGGAGGAAUAGGCAAAAAUGUUGGUGUAGAACCAUUCUCCCUAGAAUGAAGUUGCGUUUCUCUGCUUUGCACUUGGUAGCACUUUUAUAUAUGGGAUACAUAUGUAAUAAGAUGGAUUUCGUGAACAUAGCACAUACACUGCAGAAAAAAUAUCAGCAAUCCAGGCAAUGACAUAUUGAAGAAUACUAUCAAAAUUUCUGUUUUGCACUGCCGUACCGAAUACUGUGUCCUGCUUUUAGUUGCAGAACUACUACUUCUACGUUGUGUUUUUUUCCUGUACUGCAAUUCAUUGCUAAGUUAACCAAAGCAAAGCAUUUAGUCCAUUACCUGAAUCAACCUUUUGUAGUGUGAUUGCAUUAGGGAUAUUAUAAGGGUUAAUGACUGACUACAGCGUGUAGCAUUUUACUUCAUUUUAGUUUAUUGAUAGUUGUAGUUUUCUGAUACGUCAGGCUCCACCACAUUUUUGACUGUGUAAUGCACAUCAAGGGUUACCAUAUACAGUAAGGCUAUGGAGAACACCAGUCUCAGCUUUUACUCUCUACAAAGCAUUGUGCCCCCUUUUGUUUUUGGAGUUUGUGGGACUUACGAGCCCAAUAACCUUUGCUUAUCAGAUAUGUCAGUAAAUAGAAUAUCUUUAGCUGUGUAAUAUAUCUUCUUAAAAUUUUUUGCCAUUUUAUUUACUGUUCAGUUUUUUUACCCUGUUUUGCAAUAAAGCAGGGUUUUCUUUUUGUGCUUUGUGAUCACACAUAGCCUAAAAUGACAAUCCACAUCAGUGUUUUCUUGGAUAGUCACCAAAGAGAGUAACUGUUGUUGAUGGAUCUGAUUUUGGAUGACAACAUUGUACUCUUCAAGGCUGUGAGCCUGAUUGGCUUGUUUGCAGCCUUGCUUUUCUUCAGGUUAUGCUCACACACAGUACAGCUUUAGUACAGUUCAUUAAAGCAGCUUUUUAACAGGAAAAAAAAACAGGAGGGGAUUCUAAAAUUAAAAAGAAAAGUUCUAAACUUACUCUUUGUAUCCUGUACCAAUGUGGACAUAUAUAAACUGUACCCAAACUGCAUUAUGUGCCAGGGUUCAGACUCUGGGGCACUCACCUAUGUGAAGUACUGCAGUCACCUAACCCACCUGGUAAAGCAGCUGCCGGCUAUUGAUACCAAAGGGAGACAUGGCAGUAUAUUUCUGUCUCCUUUUCCCUCAACGGAAGUUUUGAAAACAGUCAAAGAUGGCUGUUCAGCUGUUUCCACAGACAUGAAUGCACCAAAAAUCAUUGUUCCUAUGCAGCAGAUCGUACUGUCUAAACAAUGAUCUGCUGUGUAGGUACAGUCAUUUUCUAUGGGAACAAGCUUGUCCUCAUAGAGCAGAGGUUAUUGCUGCAUGUAAAGGCGGGUUUACAUGUCCCAAUAGGCAGAUUAUGGGGAACGAAUGUUCCUGAAACGCUCGUUCCCGACAGUAGUCGAUCACCCAAUGAACAAGCAAAACGUUUGUUCAUCAGGUGAAACUGUCGAUCAGGCAGACAAUUAAAUUAUCGUUUCUGGGCAACAGAUUGUGCGGUCUAAACGAAGAUCUGCUGCCCAAAAACAAUGCAGCUGUAUAAGGACAAUCAAUCGCAGUUGCCGUCACUCGUUCUCAUACUGUGGAGGUGAUCGCAGCCCUCAUCCCCGCUGAUGAUCAGGCAGUUAUCUGGAAUGUCUGCUUCAUUCCUGAUAAUCUGCCAGAUCAUCAGUCCAUGUAAAAGGACUUCAUAAUCAAGAGAUGCAUAUGUCCUGCUUUUUACUGUUUAAAGUAGCAAUAUAUUUUCUACAACAGAAUAAAAGUAAAACCAGAAAAAUAUAAUGAAGAUAUUUCCCAAAGAUGUACAUUUGCUGACUAUGUAGCCAAUGUUAAUGUGGGAUGGAGCGUUUUUUUUUUCUUCCAUAAAAUGAAGAUAACUGUUAAAUUGUCUAAUAUUGUGAAAUCCGUUCUGCAUGCAAAGCAUACGAUUGUAACACACAAAAAUAACCUCUUCAAUUCUACUGUGAAUUUACAUUAGUAUGCAAAAUAACUGUGAUCUCCAUUUAUUUUCUUACAGUUUUAAUCCUAUGCUUUAAUUGCACAUUUUUACGAAUAUUUUUUCAUGUUCAAAAUUGGCAACACUAGAUGAAAUGUCUGUCUCUGUGUGUUUUGUGUACCUGUCCUAAUGUUCAUACAAUUGCAUGUGGUGUGAAUAUAAUGCCGUGUUAUUAACUGUGAACAAUGUGUCUGAGCACUGACAAAACCAGAUGUGAUUGGUCUGCCAGCUGCUGCUAUGAGUUUGUGUACUGUAUUUUUCGUACUUUUUAAGUUUGUAUUUUUAAUCCUUUCUUAAACACUACACCCGAAUAAUGGUUAAACUGAACCCUGAUGCAGUUCUAAGAAGAUUCCACUUUUAAAUAAAGUUGCAUUAACAUACA